AUGAAUAAUGCGAUUUCAAAGACGCUAGACGUGGUGACGACAGAUGCCAUUGUGUGGAGACAGUUGGCUAGACGUCUGCUAGCCGUAUACGGAGUUUCUGGAGUGAUGGCGCUCUUGAAAUGGAAGGUUUUCAUUGAGUCGUCCAGCCAAAAAAGGGUCCGGUUGUUACUGCGAGGAUUUCAAAAUGCAUCGUGGGUGUGCGGUUUGAUUAGUGUGUUUCCGUUAGCGCGCCGAAUCUUCCGAAACAAACGCAUUUCGUUCAAUGCUGCGUUGCUGACUACCACGCAACUGGAGAUACCACCAUGGCUAAGCACCUACGUUUUGGUCGAGUCCCUGGCGGACUGGACAAAGAGUUUGAGCUUUGUACAGCAUUUUUUGCUCCAGCUAAGUGAACCCACAUCGAAUACGAUAAGACAAGUGCUUCUAUCGCUGGUGAUACCCUGGUUGCGCUACGGUCGUUCGUCGCGCAUCCAGUCUAUUAUGUUUGAACGCAAACCGCUGUGGAGAGAUUUCGCCAGCCUUUUUUUACUUUGGAAUUCCAUAUCGCUAUACCAAUUCUUCAAGUCUUCUCUGUAUCGAAAGCAGCGCCAGCAGAAACGUCAAAGUAUCGACGAAGAACGCGUUCGCGACUCCUACACAUUGAACUCUCGCCUUUUCAAAGAUAAGCUAAAAGAAAUCAAUGAGAUCACCACAUCCAGAAGUCUGCGAGAAAAAGUAAUCAGUUGCUGUUUCGGCGAAAACCUUCAGGUUUCUAUCAAAUGGGCCGCCUGGAGGCAACUGCUCUGGUCAUUACUUGGUACCAAUCAGAAAGUGUGCUCCAAUCUACAAAUGUCGGCUAUGCUGAUGCUCGGGUUCUAUGUGCUGGAUAGUGAGAACAACCAGAUGUUUGUACGACCGGGAGUCCUCCGGUACAUGGUGAGAUUUUUGAUCACCGAUAAGAUGCGGGCUAAGCCGCAUUGGCAAACUAUUGCAUUUUGGAUUGGAUCCAAUUUAUCGUAUCAAAACCAGAGCCGUCAGCGGCAGAUCAUAAAUUUGCCAGAACAGAGCUAG